GUCUCUACUACUAAGGCGAAAGGGGGCUACAAACAGUGGAUAAUGUCAGAUGCCCAGCUCUCCCCUUCUGCCUGAAGCUCCUCUCUGGCUGCACCAGGAUUGGUCUCUGUAAGAAAUAGCAGGAACUGUGGUAGCGGCGGCGGGAGGAAGCAGCUGAGACGCGUGGAACCUGGAAAAGUCUGGGUGCUCGCUGUUACCUCACAACGAGGUCCCAGCCAGGCGUCAGCACCAUGGACAGCAGCACCGUCCCCAUGAACGCCAGCAAUUGCACUGAUCCCUAUUUGCACUCUUCAAGUUGCUCCCCAGCACCUAGCCCGGGUUCCUGGGUCAACUUCUCCCACCUAGAUGGCAACCUGUCCGACCCAUGCGGUCCUAACCGCACGGAGCUGGGCGGGAGCGACAGCUCGUGCCUUUCGACCGGCAGUCCUUCCAUGAUCACAGCCAUCACCAUCAUGGCCCUCUACUCCAUCGUGUGCGUCGUGGGUCUCUUCGGAAACUUCCUGGUCAUGUAUGUGAUUGUCAGAUACACCAAAAUGAAGACUGCCACCAACAUCUAUAUUUUCAACCUUGCUCUAGCAGAUGCCUUAGCAACCAGCACCCUGCCCUUCCAGAGUGUCAAUUAUCUAAUGGGAACAUGGCCAUUUGGAACCAUCCUCUGCAAGAUUGUGAUCUCCAUCGAUUACUAUAAUAUGUUCACAAGCAUCUUUACCCUCUGCACCAUGAGCGUCGAUCGCUAUAUCGCAGUCUGCCAUCCCGUCAAGGCCCUGGACUUCCGUACACCCCGCAAUGCCAAAAUUGUCAAUGUGUGCAACUGGAUCCUCUCUUCAGCCAUUGGUUUGCCUGUGAUGUUCAUGGCAACAACGAAGUACAGGCAUGGUUCCAUAGACUGUACACUCACCUUCUCUCACCCAACCUGGUACUGGGAAAACCUGCUGAAAAUCUGUGUUUUCAUCUUUGCCUUCAUCAUGCCAGUCCUCAUCAUUACAGUAUGUUAUGGACUGAUGAUCUUACGCCUCAAGAGUGUCCGUAUGCUCUCUGGCUCCAAAGAAAAGGACAGGAACCUGCAAAGAAUCACCAGGAUGGUGCUGGUGGUUGUGGCUGUGUUCAUUGUCUGCUGGACUCCCAUUCACAUUUAUGUCAUCAUUAAAGCCUUGAUUACAAUCCCAGAAACUACAUUCCAGACCGUUUCCUGGCACUUCUGCAUUGCUCUAGGUUACACAAACAGCUGCCUGAACCCAGUCCUGUACGCAUUUCUGGAUGAAAACUUCAAACGAUGCUUCAGAGAGUUCUGUAUCCCAACUUCCUCCACCAUUGAACAACAAAACUCCACUCGAAUUCGUCAGAACACUAGAGACCACCCCUCCACGGCCAAUACAGUGGAUAGGACUAACCAUCAGCUGGAAAAUUUGGAAGCAGAAACUGCUCCAUUGCCCUAAGUGGGUCUCAUGCCAUUCAGACCCUCACUGAGCUUAAAAGGCACCAUCUCUGUGGAAGUAUGUCGUUGCAGGAACAUGUGGGAGGCUCUAGUUUCCUAGGAAAGUGCCUGCUUCUGAGUCAUCAAAACUUGAUCCUCUGUGGCCACUCCACUCUGCACGUGAGAGGGACAUCUAAACUAAGUGAAGUGCUGGGAAAGAGAGAACUAGACCGCACUGAAGAGUCCGGUUUGUGUACAUAAUCCCGAGGAAGAUGCCCAAUAGGACAGAAACACACCGUGGUAUGUGAACUGAGGUCAUCCUAGAAGGUGACCCCUUUGUGUGUAAUAUUUUGUUUGCAAGCAAACAUUGAUGGCCUCAUCAAAGAAAACGCCCAUCAAUUGUUAAAUUCACCAUAGCGACAUGAAAAGUAAAUGCUACCUCUGAUCAAAGGACCUUGUGUGGAAAGUCCAAGACUUUCUAGUCUUCUGUAAGGAAUACUUUGUUCUACUUUUUACCUUUAAUAUUAACCUUAAAAUUAUCUUCUGGUGAAGACAUCAUGUCCACCUUCAAGUCUUGGUUUUGUAUUCUUUAAAAGAAUAACAUCCCUUACCUAGCUCCACAUAAUUGCAAGAGAAGAAAUUAACAUGGAAGGUAAUCUGAAAGCCAGAAAUGUGUCAGCUGCAGAAAGGUUGAUUCUUGCGCACUGAAAGCACUUCCUGAGACUCUUAGUGGGAGAUUGUCCAUUCUAAGGCUUUCAGUGGUUUACUCCCUAGUUUCAACUGUGCAGUUUCCUUCUUCUAUCUAAGUAUUCAUAAAAGGUAACAGUGGAUCAGUGAGCUCAUCAUUGCAUCUGUGCAGGAAGUCAAGCAUUAAAAUGUACUUACUUUUCAUUUCUCUGUAGUUUCUCCAUACUGCAUGCUCCCUUUGCAUAUUAUUUUCUCUUUUUUUUUUUUAACUCUGCUCAGAAUACUUAUGCCUUUUGAAUCAAUGUGAUAAAAUGACAGGUUUUUUUCGUUGAUUUUCAGAACACUUUAAGCCUUUUGAAAAAUAUGGAUCCAAUAAGCUUAAUCUCAAAACAGAAAGACUCAAAUGACCAUAGAUAAAAAUGGCUAAUCUUUUCACUCCUGUGUAGUUCCUUGGACAUGAAAUAUUAACAAUGACCCAAGAAUAUUUUCCUGAAGAUUGUGUUUACAUAAUGUCACCACCAGUAUGUUGGUUUUUCUGAUCUUUGCUAAAUUAUGUCAAGAUUUUCUUUGUAAAAUUUCAGUCUUAUAAUCAAUUUCUCUAAGACAAUUCUACUCUAUGGUUUUCUUUGUUGUAACACACAGUAGAGAUUAGGCAAUCACCCGUUUUAUUUUAUCUAUGUAGACAGUCAAGUUAGAUGCCUCAUGCCAAAAUGCCCUCCACUUUGAACUUUUGUCUCUAUUAAUUAGAUGAAUCAAGCACACUGAAGUUAUCUAUGAAAACAUCAUAGAAAACAGGGUGCCAGCUUCCCUUAUAAGAAUAUUUCUGACUCUACAGGCUGCCAGUAGAUUCAAUGUUAAAAUCUGGUGUCUGUCCCUCAAUAUAAUAAGGCACAAAUAUGCACCGGACAUCCAGAGGCAAUGUUUCAGGAAGACAGCUGUCUUGGAUCAAGAUAACUAAAUUUACUUUCUCAGAUCUAGUUGGCUGUAGUUAAUGUGGACCCAAUACAUAUAUCCAUUGGAUGAGAAAAAAACAAAAGCCAAGAUAAUAUUUUAUCUUGAAUAUUGAAGUCUUAUAUUGGCCUCUAAAAACCUAUUUCUCAAGUAUCAUGUCCCAGAAUGGAUAUGCAUUAUUUUUUAUUUUUUUUCUGAUCAGAGUAAUUAAAACUGGAGCCUUAAAAAUUUUUAGAAUGUUAAAUAAAUGCAUUUGUGUAUAAAUACAUAUAUGCAUAUAUACACUAUUAGAUAUUUCACAAGUAAAAGGAUAAUUCAAAUAAAACACAAUAAGGGAGAAUAAAGUAUCUGUAUGUAAGUCACUAGGGAGGAAAAUUCUUCCCUUUAAUGGGCUGUAAUAACAGAGGUUCUCUCAAGAGAUGAAGUAUUACUGCUUUCUGCCCAUAGGAUGUUUCUCAACAAUCAUUAUUUCUGCCUAAGGACCAGCUUUAGUUAAGACAUUCUAAGGUAAGUAACAAAUAGGUGUGUUUUUUCAGUAGUUUUCAUUCAAAACCAUUUUUUAUCAGAAAUUUGCUAGAACUACCUUGCUUUUCCAUGACAAAUAGGGAAGUGCCAGCCCUGACUCAGUCUGAUGAGCUUAAGUUCCUUAUGAAAUCCGAAUAUAAAGAAAAUGCAAUGUUCUGCUUUGUUCUUCCUUCUCAUUUUACCUUCCUGUCCUUAUGGAUAGGGUUUCUUCUGGCUUGGCAUUCCAGUAAAGGAGACUGUAGAUGUGAACUAAGGAUAAGACAUAGUAGCCUUAGCUUCUCACCCUCUCUAUGAGCCACACAUGCCCCUGCUGUGGCUGUGCAUAUACAGCCACAAACACUACCCUUUUCAUAGAUAUAUCCACCCAUAGGAAAUGGGUGUCUUCAGAAAUCCUCACUGCCAUUGUAAAAGCAUCAAGAUUUUUGCCGAGAUUCUCAACAGAAUUCUUUUUCUCACAAGCCAUACUGCUUGGCUGAAGGGAAGGGAUGGAAAGAAACAUGAACUUUCAUCAGUGCCUUGUCCCAACCACUGUAUUUUCCCUCGUGUGAGAUGCUUCAGGAUCACAGUGACAGAAUAUGGUAUCCAGGUUAUAUUUAAGACUACUGCCAUUAGGACAUUAGAGCCUAAGAGUGACGAGUCAAUUAAAGGGUCUGCUUUGUGACAUCCAGUCAAGAGCCAGUUAAAUGUAAUUAGAAAGAAUUUCAACCUAGUCAUUGGUUACCCCUGAGAUCAACUAAAACCACAAGGAAGUAUGUACAUUACUAGCUGUUCAAAAGUAAGCAAAACCAAAUUGCAAAAGUUUAGUGCAUUGUGGUGUGUGGCAAAUAAAUAUUCAAGCUCUUGCCAUGUAAUGCCAUGGCAUUUUUUAAAGGAGUCAGAACGUAAGUCAAGUUCAAUUUAAUUUACACAAUAUUUUUGUGUCCGAGACACUUAAGUUACAAACAUAACGACCAUUGACACUGAGAUUUUAGGAUUACAGAAAAUGGGUUGAGGGCGGGCUGAAAAUGCAUCCUGUAACAAGGUACUUUUCAAAGAACAUUGACUAGCUGCACGUACAUUUAAAGGAAUUUUUAAAACUCAGAAAAAAUUAAAUACAUAAAUCUUUGAAAGCAUGUCUUGAUUCAAAUAUGUGAAAAGAUCAUUCUAGACCCUGGGCACAUAUUCAGAGAAAGGUCAGUUUGGGGGGUGGGGUUGUUCCCAUUACAUAUUUAAUGCAAAUUUAAUACUAUACUUUUUCAAUUCGCUUUGCGUUGUCUGUAACCUUGUAUGAAGUGAGAAUUCCAUUGAAAUCUGCACUUGGAAUUGCACUUAAACUUUACAAAUUUACAGAGGAAAUUGGGACAACUACUGCUUCAUCUGCUCUUGAAUGAGGUUCAGGUUUGCAUUUCGUGACCAACUCACUCGAAAACUAAGGCUUGGAGUUCUGAGUCCUGAGGUCCCAGAACCCACACCUAGAAAAAACAGCCCUGUGAUUUCAUGUGGUACAAGGUAUGAGCUCUUUCUUUCUCUCUCAAGCUCCAGAAACUUAAAGUCUCUGAUCCAUUCACAUCUAGAAAAGUACCCCAUCUGCUUGAAGACAAAAUAAAACUCCAUGCAAUAGAAAAAGAUGUUCCUGGAGUGUACUACCAGCCCUAAGACAGUGCAAAAUGUUUAUUAUUUAUUUGGGGGAAAUUAGUUAAGAAUCAAGUAGAACCAAUAAGGGGCAAGCAGGGAAGGAGAGAGUGUCUUCAUUUUUAUCAUUGUCCCAUCAGACUUAUUUGGCAUCAUACUUCACUACCACCCAGAGGACCUGGUUGGCACUACUACCCUUUAUACUAAGAGACUGUCUUUAAAAAUCGUGCAAACAUUUUGCAGAGCAGGUAGUAAUCUACUCAAAGCUGCGGUGGUUCUUUAGGAUAUAUUAGACCAGAAACAGAACCUACAUAAAACAAGCAAGUUUUCCAGCUCUGUGUUUUAAUAAAACCCCUAUAUACUUGUGGAAAGAACACAAAACAGCCCUCUGUAGUAUGAAAAUUGCCCAAUAUUAAUUUUAACAGCCCCAAAUGUCUCAAUGUAAGCAUAGAUACGUUUCUAUUUUUCAGACGGAGUAUCUUAGGUUUUGAUUUUGAAAGAAUGGUAGUCUUAAAUAUAUGUCAUAAGGGGAGAUGCUCAUAAUUUUUGCAGUAACUGAAUUUGCCUCUGUACACCUCAAUAACUGCACACACAUCUCCAUGAUUUGUUGUCAUUCGGAGCCAUCUCCUGAGUCAAACAUUGUUUUCUUCUCCCCCUACAAUUAUGUGUAUGAAAUCUAAACCAGUGUAACUAGAAAAAGAAAAGGCUUAUUGCCUAAGUUCCAACUAAUAGUGUCACAUUCUUAGUGAUGUAUGCACUGCCUGAAAAGAAUAAAUGUAUAUUUGUUCAUUUAUGGUUUCAGAGAAAGAACAUAGAGGUCUUUCUGGAGACAGUGAGGAAAAUAUAUCUUUGUAUUGUCACAUGCCUUGUAAUAGGAAUGUUUAGCAACAAAAAUCUUCCAGGAAUAGAUAGAUUACCUAUUUAUUAUUUAAUAGGUGAAUUAUUUAAUAAGAAUAUUAUUUAUCAUUUAAUAGGUAGUUUAAACAUUACCUACAACUGCCUUCUUAUUUUGCUAUUUGAUUUCUUAAAGAACCUAAAUCUUGAGAAUAGGCUAUAAUAUACACAUUUAAGUCUCUUAAGAGAUAUUUCUAUUGUUUUGCUUCCAAUACAUAAAUGUUUUAUUUAAUUAGUAUUACCCACUAAAGUUAGAAAGUCUCUACUGAAUACAGAGGGUUAUAGAAUGCCAAAUGGAAAUGAGAGAAAAAGGGAUACAAACAGAGGAAGAUUUGAGAAGAGAAAGGGAAGGAAUAGAGAAGACACUAUGUUCCUGAGAGCCUGGGUAAAACUGAACAUGGUUAUAUACCCUGAACAACCAUAGGUGAGCUUCAUUAAUAUAGACACAGCAAAAAUAGUUGCAAUUACUGAGCCCCGGAGAAAAGGGAGAGAUCACAUUUGCGUGACCCGAUGACUGUGAUUUUACUAUCCACCGUGGAGGACACAGCAGAUGAAUCACUGAGAAAAACAGCAAAUUAUUUUCCCCCAUUUUGAGGAGGGAAGUAAUGUCCCAACACUACAUGAUAUUUGCAACAUUUAUAGGUCUCAUUGGCUCCCCUUUCUAUGGUUCCCUCAGAGAAGGGCUUCUGGGACACAGAGAUAUUUUCACAUCCCAUAUCUGGUUCUGGCAUAAUGUCACUGCCCCCACUGCUAGAGCAUCAAAACAACCAAGCCUAGAGAUCCAUUGGUGCUUCUUUGGGUCUGCAAAUGCCUACGUAGAUUUGGCUUCCACAGAUAUUCCCAGUUCUGAGUUAGAAAGGACCAGUUACAGGCAUAUAGUCUAUAUUAUCCCCUCAAAAGAUCUCUAAUCAGACGCUAACCUGUGGAUUCCACUGGUUUUUGAGUGACAUGGUUUUUACUUUCCCAGAAUAAUACAAUGCAAUUUGCAUGAAGUUUCCAUUAUAUGGCAUAACAUUAAGAUGUGGUAUUAAUUUCUACAGUUUUCCUGACAGAGUAGUACACAUGACUUUUUUUCUUGCCAUGGUCAAGACAUCAUGUUUUAAAAUUAGUGGAUAUUAUUGCCUAAGGAGUCUGACUACCAGAGACUUCCAAAAGAGAUUUCCCAUUUAUAAAGUAAAUUAGAAUAAAACAUCAGUCAGAUGUUUCAGACUGCCUAUUCCUUAUUUGCUAGCUUUUUGAGGGUUUUUUUUUAUUAGUUGCUUGCUUAGCUGGUUGAUUUGGGGAGGGUUGUUGUUGUUGUUGGCUUAUUUUUUGUGGCUGUUCAAAAUUUUUUACUUCUCCCUGGGAUAUUUGUCAUCACACACAUGCAUGCUCUUCAAUUUUCUCUGCUCAAUGGAUUUCCCUUUGUAAUGACCAGGGUGGGAGGUCAUCAUUGCCAGAAGAAAGUAGAAAAUCGAGACAUACAUUUGCUCAUGGUUUGACAUCAUGGUGGGCCACCUACAUUUCCCAUUUCAUCCAAUAAUGUCCCCCUUCUCUAUAUCAUUUUGACUUUAGAGUCAGUCAGAACUCAACCCUUAAUAUCCUGACUAGCACAAGAAACCUAUCAGCUGAUUAUUUUCCUGCAUCUCUGCAAGUGGUAAACCUGAUUCCUAUUCCUUGCUCUUGCCUCUGCAGGAGUCCAUUCAAAAAACAGAAAAAUAACAAGGCCUUCCUGUUACUCUUUGGCUGUGAGACAAUUUGUUCCCAUCUGCCCCCAGGCUCACCCAGUGUUAUUACUCAGUAGGAAGCUGCUACUGAUCAUUGCUGUAUUAGCUCAAAACUCAUUUGCCUUAUGAAAUCCAUGGCCCUUAUUUCUCAAGAGAAUAGAGAAAAACAAUAGGCCUCCUACCCAGCUAGGCACUUUCCAUGCAAGCCACUACAUCUAUAUAAAUUAGGUUCAAACAGCAUCAGGUUAUUUUCGAGAUUUACAAACUCAAUAUUGCAAAUAGUAGAACCUGGCAAGUAGCUCUUAGGAUCCCCUUGCUGCCUGUCAAUCAGUUGCAUAACUUCUACAUGGAUUAAGUGAGGGGGGAGUGGGGGGAGGAAACAACAAGAAAAACUUAUGUUUACAUCAACAACUGCUGCGUGAUUUUUGUUUGUUUUGAUAAAUUUCAUCCAUUUACUAGGGAUGCUGAUUACAUGAUUUCUUUUUCAUUUUUAUUAUGAAAUUCUUCCUUUUCUAAGAAUGAACUAAAUCAUUUUUUAAUAUUUAUUUAUUUUUAAAGAC